AUGGGCGAGAACGAGAAAUCAACUAAGGCAGCUGUCAUGAAUCCUUCAGAUCCAUAUUCCUUACAUAGCUUGGAUCAUCCAGGGAUCGUUUUAGCUUCCCAAAUACUCGUAGGAGACAACUACGGCCCAUGGAGUCGUUCUGCAGCAAUCAGUCUUAGUGCAAAGAACAAGAUCGAUUUCAUCAAUGCCUACUCUGCAAUACGCGGACAAAUUCUGUUGAUGGAUCCGCUGCCAGACACACGAAAGACAUAUUCUCUUGUUCUGCAACAAGAGAAACAAGUUGAGGUAUCCCUUAAUCGUGAACAUCUGAACCAUCAUGCCAUGAGCGUGACAAGCAAUAAAGAGGCUGCUGCACCAUCUCAUCAGUCAUACAAGGGAAAACCACCCCUUCAUUGUUCAUAUUGUGAUCAAGAUCGCCACAGUGUUGAAACCUGCUAUUAUUUACAUGGGUUCCCACCUGGCCACAAAUUGCACGGCAAGUCGGUGAAGCCACCCAACCGAAGGAAAUCAACGGCUAAUCAUGUCAAGGCAGAGACAGAGAGUGUCAAGAAUUCAGACACAAGUCACACGACUCCAACUAGUGAUGGUCCCAAAUUCACCACUGAGGAAUACAACCAACUCAUGGCCAUGCUUCGGAAAAACAAUGAUGGUAACCCACAACACUAUGCAAAUACCACAGGUAUUACUACUUCAUCAUCUCCCGUGACUCACGUAGAUCCACACUCGAAAUUAUGUUGGAUUAUUGAUAGUGGAGCCACAGAUCACGUGACUUCUUCCAUUGAGUUAACAAAUCCGCAACUUUUGCCCAAGUCAGCCACUAUUCAAUUGCCCGAUGGUGGUCAGACACACAUUGAGUCAAUUGGCUCAUUACAAGUUACACGACACAUUAAACUUGAUGAAGUGCUCAAAGUUCCACAAUUUCAAGACGCUGCUACAGGGAAGAUGAUUGGCCUGGGCAAGCAACAUAAUGGCCUCUACUACUUGGCACAAGACCAAAACCCGAUCCUAGCUCAACACAUUCGGAACCUCUGGCACCAACGUCUUGGCCACCCAUCCAUCGGACCUCUCCAAGUUCUCACCAAGACGAACUCUAAAAUUUCUUUCAAUUCCAGUCAUGAGCAUCAACCAGAUAUGAUCGUCCUCCCUCUUUCACAAGAUUCCGAGACAUCACCUUCUCUUCUAAGCCCAGUCGGCCCCAACACAGAUGGCUCUCAUGCUUCCGGCCCAAACUCCGCCGACCCACCCGACAUACCUAAUCCAAUCCCUUCUCCAAACCCUACGGACACACUUGACCUGUCACACUCAUCUCAUGACCCACCUUCUGCCCCUCCUCAACUGACCCCCAUCACUCCUCCUCUUCGACGUUCUAGUCGUCUCCCACAACCCAAUGUCCACCUACGUGACUUCCAUGUUUACAACACGGCCACGGUUGCCCACAACCCGUCAUCUUCUUCGUCAGGCACGCGUCACCCCUUAUCGCGGUAUCUUUCUUAUGCACAACUUUCUUCUCCUUAUCGGAGUUUUAUAUGUAAUAUCACCACUCUUGUGGAGCCUGUGACUUAUGAAUAG